AUGAGUGAAAUCAUUUUGCUGGACUGCCACCACGAUGAUGCGCUCGGUUCUCUCAUCGCUCUCCUCGUUUUCCUAGAAAAUCCGCCUUACGGAGCUGCUGGCCAAGCCGAGGAGAUGAUUGAGAUGGAUACGAACUGGCACAAACGGCUCGAAUUGGAAUUGAUUGAUAAGAAGGAGUUCUAUGAAUGCUGCUACGAUGGAAAGAGAAAAGCCUCAUCCGGGAGGAACAGCGAUCAGACACGGGGCAGAGAUGCGAGUCGUCAUUUCUGUCACCCUCAGGAAUGGGAUUGA